AUGGAUCUUGUUAAUGAGAGGGACGCAAAUGGGAACAUCACGAAAGCGGCGCCCACGUUCGACUAUAUCGAGAACAAGGCAAUUGAGGAAAAACUUAGGAAGGGGCAAUGGAACAAACAACCAACGGAUGCGCAAGCGCUUCCUGCUCUCGCUCUAAUCCGAGGGCCAGGUGAUAAGAAACUCAUACCGUCAUCCAACGGAACGACAUGUCGAAUCGAGAUUGAUAACGUUCCAUAUUGCUCAUUUUGCCGGAAACUUUACCAUGUGGACUCCGAAUGCUUUAGCAAGAAUCCCAGGCUGAAGGAUCAAAAGAAGAAUGGAAAGGGACACAAGGCAAAGCCAAGUACAGCAUAUACUGGGGCACGCAAGCUAUCGAAAGAGGCGGCCCUCAACCGACGACGAAGAUGA